GGAGAAUUUAUUGUGCUAUUCAGUAGGCCAGAAAAUUUUCAAUGCUCUCCACCAUACUCUGCAUGUUUUCUAAACUUCAAAAUUGUAUUAUGACAAAUAAACAUUAUUAAUUAGGAACAUGUAGUAUUACAAUUUAAUUAGAACUUGUGUACGUUAAUGUCUCAGCUUUUCUAGCUCUCCCCUGUCACAUCACAUUCUGCAGUUUUGCUUUCUGAACCGAAUGGGCCGCUGUUGCCUAAUCUUUUCCAGUUGUAGUAUAUUUCCAGCAGUACCGCCUCUUCAUUUCGAUGUAUUAGAGAGAAUGGGCACUCGCAGAUUGCAUUGCCUUCGAGAGAGGAGCCGAUAUUCACAACGAGGCACAACCGUCAUUUUUUUGCUUCAAAUUUGGGGAUUGUAUGCUUGAUAUUUUACUUGAAUAGCCUACUUGUCCAUCUUCUGACGGAUUUUACAAGGCCUCUAUUUUAUUUUGCCGAGAUAAUUUCAAAGAAUGAGACGGCAAGUACUGGUGUUCAUUUCGAUCCUCUCUCUUAGUUCAGUCUUCGGCCAGGUCAGUUACUCUAUUCCGGAGGAAAUGGCGAAAGGCUCUUUGGUUGGUAAUGUAGCUCAGGAUUUAGGUUUAGACGUUAAACGACUGAGGCUGGGUAACGCUCGUGUUUAUUCUGGUGAUAGCAGAGAAUACAUCGAGCUGAACAGCGAAAGAGGAGUCCUCCUUAUUAAAGAGAGAAUAGACAGAGAGGCGUUGUGCGGUGAUACAACACCGUGUGCUGUGCAUUUUCAGAUUGUGUCAGAGAAUCCUAUGGAAUUUUAUAGCGUAACGGUUGAAAUUACAGACAUUAACGACAAUGCACCAUCCUUUGAAAAGAGCGAUAUUCAGUUCAUAAUUAGCGAGUCCGCAGUUGUUGGGUCCAAAUUUGAUUUAGAAAGAGCAGUUGAUUUGGAUGUAGGUAUAAACAGCCUCCAAAGUUACGUACUUAAGCCAAGUGACAUUUUUUUAAUUAAACUGCACAACCAAGCCGAUGGGAAAAAGAAUGUUGAGAUGGUCUUACAAAAACCUCUGGACAGAGAGAAAGAUGAGAUCAUUUCUUUGGCGUUGACGGCUUUAGAUGGAGGAGAGCCACAGAUGUCAGGAACAAUGCAGAUUAUCAUUACAGUGUUGGAUGUCAACGACAAUGCACCUGUUUUUACACAGCCAAUAUAUAAAGGCACUGUCGCUGAAAAUGCUGCAAAAGGCACGAUCGUGACCACUGUCAGCGCGUCAGAUGCUGAUAAUGGAUUAAAUGGUAAAAUAACAUAUUCAAUCACAAACACUUUAGAUGACGUCAGACAUGUGUUUGAUGUAAAUGAGGAUAGCGGCGAGGUUAGGUUAACUGGACAUUUGGAUUAUGAAAAGAAACGAAAUUUUCAGAUUAAUGUACGCGCAAGAGAUAACGGCUGGCUAACAGAUACUUGUAAAGUGAUUGUUGAUGUCGUUGAUAUAAAUGACAAUGAACCAACGAUUGUAAUAAUGUCUAAAUCAGCUAUCAUAUCAGAGAAUGCAAACAUUAACACAGUCGUUACAAUGUUUAACGUCCAAGACCCAGACUCAGGUGAAAAUGGUAAAGUUCAGUGUUUUAUAAAUGACAAUAUUCCGUUCGUUCUGAAAUCGACAUCAAAUAAUUUCCAUAAUUUGGUGACAGACAGUGAUCUGGACAGAGAGAGAGCAUCUGAGUAUAAUAUAACUGUGACUUGUUCUGAUGAGGGAGUG